GCAUGACUUCCAUCCUUUCUCAGCAGCAAGCGAAGAGGAAACGGAUGAUUUAUUUGCCUCUGCGAGCCUGAUGUUCACCGCAUAGACACGUCGGAGUUUUAUCCAGAGAACAUAACAGCUUGACCGAGAGAUUUUAAGAGAUUCUGUGAUGUGUUUAACCCCCACAAACCGACUGUAAACACCCACAUGACCCACCACUGGCGACUCUGAGACCUCGUUCUGAGCAGUGGGCGGGGCCUGUCCUGUCCACGGGGGGGACCAGGGAUGGAAAGCCGAUGCAGCAGCGUGGAUUCACGGCUGACCGCCAGAGGGAUGGGGUCUGUCAGCAGCACGCAGCAAUCUGUAAGGGUGGAGUCGUACGAACCCGGAGAGAAGAAGUGCAUCUCAGAUGUGCGGAGGACGUUCUGCCUCUUUGUCACCUUUGACCUGUUGUUCAUCACUCUGCUCUGGAUUAUUGAGCUAAACGUGAGUGGAGGCGUUCAGGCGCAGCUGGAAAAAGAAGUUCUGCACUAUGACUAUCAUGCCUCUUUCUUCGACAUUUUUCUGCUGGCCGUCUUCAGGUUUGCAGCCCUCAUACUCGCUUACGCCAUCUGCAAGCUGCGUCACUGGUGGGCGGUCGCUAUAACUACUGCAACCAGCUGUGCUUUCCUGAUCGCUAAAGUCAUUUUAUCAAAGCUGCUCUCUCAGGGUGCAUUCGGAUACCUGCUUCCCAUCAUCUCCUUCGUCUUGGCCUGGAUAGAAACAUGGCUGCUGGACUUUAAGGUGCUCCCUCAGGAGAUGGAGGAUGAGCACAGAUAUCAGUUAUUCGUGGACGCCACUGAGAACGCUCCUCCCAUGGGGCCCGGUCCUUUAUCUGACGGACAGUUUUACUCUCCACCAGAGUCCCUGGCAGACUCAGAUGAAGAUCUGGAGGAUAAACAUGAUCCAGAAAAAGCCCUGAUUCAGAAAGUUUCCUAACAGGGCCCCGUCUCCAUCAGAAGGCCGUGUUCUCCUGUUCCUGUCGAUCUGCUGAGGACGUUCUGCCUUACACCUUCUGCCAUUCUUUGAACGGUCCUGGUAUAUUCAUAUCAGACAUCUUGGUUAUAAUAUCGGCUUUCUACACACACUGAUACUUCAAGUGCUGCUGCUGAUAUCCUUUUCAGUCAGGACUUCAGGUUUUAGCUGUUUAUACCAUCUGUAUGGACCUUAAAGGGAAUUCAUUUUUAUACAAAAUGCACUUAAAAGUUUGGUUGAAUAAAGGGAACUAUUUUUCUUUUUUUCUUAUAAAAAUAAAACUUUUUCCACUGUCAGCCAAAUUAAAACGAUCACAUUUUGUUUUACAUGUUCUUGAUGCUUUGUCUUACAUCUGCACCAUGUUUACUUUAAUCUGAAUUUGUUUUUUGAAUUUACUGUAACUUAAAAUCUGUGAUUUGAUGAAGGAAUGUUGGUGGACCAGUUUGGAGCUACGGACUGAAGUCUGAACGGGCCACUGCAGAAGUUUGCUUUCAACAUUACAGAUUCUAUAAAGAGUAUUUAAGAGAAAAUGAGCUUCAAGCUUGCUGCAGUCAGGGAUCCUGCACUGUGUGUAACAAAUAUAUAUAAAAUAUAUCAAACUGUGCUUUUAAAAGCUGCUGAUGGGAAGAAAAGAGUAACACAGUAUAAUUAUACAUGUCUACAUGCAUGCCUUCCAAACUUUGGUUUUUAUGGAAAGCUUGUCUGUAAAACAAAUCAAUAAAAGGUGAAACCUUGA